UUUUUCCCUCCCACCUACGACAAACGAGAAAAACCUUAAACAAAACCCCUUCCCAGUUUCCCGUAUUAGUAGUUUCCAGUGCUAGUUUCCGGUUUGCUGCACAGGGCGAGUGAGGUCAGAUCAGUGGGAAGAGGGAAGGAGUAUUAUUAGACGAAAGAAAUUUGAUGUAGCAGUGAUUAGUGAUUAGUGAUUAGUGAAGGAGGGAAAUAGACUCAAGUCCGAACUUCAAGAUCGCAGCCACAAUCAGAUCGCACCCAACCAUGAUUUCCGGGCUUUGUUUCCACGCUUUGUCUUCUUGCAUGGUUCUGAUCCUCCUUGCCGCAGCAGUCGCCCCACAAGUUUCUGCUAAUCUCGCUGAUUCCAUUCAAGGCUGUGGUGGAUUUGUCGAGGCGAAUGCGGCACUAAUCAAGUUGAGGAAGCCCACUGAUCCGAAGUUGGACUACUCUCACAUUACGGUUGAACUUCGCACUCUGGAUGGUUUGGUGAAGGACAGAACACAAUGCGCUCCAAAUGGAUACUAUUUUAUUCCUGUUUAUGACAAGGGUUCAUUUCUGAUCAAGGUUAAAGGGCCUGAGGGAUGGUCAUGGGAUCCUGAACAAGUGCCUGUGGUUGUCGAUAACACUGGUUGCAAUGCAAAUGAAGAUAUAAAUUUUCACUUUACAGGUUUUACCAUAUCUGGAAGGGUUGUGGGUGCAGUUGGCGGAGAGAGCUGCUCAAUUAAGAAUGGAGGUCCUGCAGAUGUCAACAUUCAGCUUGUGUCUCCCACUGGCGAAAUUCUGUCUUCUGUUUCCACAACAUCAGCAGGAACUUACACCUUCAUGAAUGUCAUUCCAGGGAAGUAUAGAUUACUUGCUUCACGGGAUGAUUUGGAUAUUGAAGUCAGAGGCUCUCCAGAGGUGGAAUUGGGUUUUGGAAACAGUCUAGUGGAUGACAUCUUUUUCAUCUCUGGCUAUGAUAUUCGUGGAUAUGUUGUUGCUCAGGGAAAUCCCAUUUUGGGAGUGCAUGUCUUUUUAUAUUCAGAUGAUGUUUCAGAGGUGGAUUGCCCUCAUGGCUCUGGUAAUGCACCGGGCCAGGAAAAAGCUCUUUGUCAUGCUAUUUCUGAUGCCGCUGGAAUCUUCAAAUUCAAGUCAAUACCCUGUGGGGUCUACAAGCUUGUUCCUUUCUAUAAGGGCGAGAACACAGUUUUUGAUGUCUCACCUCCUUCUGUGUUGGUCACCGUAGGGCAUGAGCAUACAAAAGUCAUUCAAAAAUUUCAGGUAACCGGAUUUUCUGUUGGCGGCCGUGUAGUUGAUGGGAUUGGCAAUGGUGUGGAUGGCGUGAAGAUCAUGGUUGAUGGCGAGGAAAGGUCUAACACUGACAAAGAGGGGUAUUACAAGCUUGACCAGGUUACAUCCAAACGGUACACUAUCGAGGCUAGGAAGGAGCACUACAAUUUUGAGAAAUUGAAAGACUUUCUGGUAUUGCCCAACAUGGCUUCGCUUGCUGAUAUAAAAGCCGUGUCAUAUGAUGUAUGUGGCCUCGUGCAAACAAUUGGUACUGAUUACAAGUCAAAGGUUGCUUUGACUCAUGGACCAGAAUAUGUUAAACCUCAAGUGAAACAGACAGAUGUCAGCGGCAGCUUUUGCUUUGAGGUUCCACCUGGUGAAUAUCGUUUAUCUGCUUUGUCAGCUGCUUCUGAGAAUGCUCCAGAGCUAUUAUUUUCUCCAUCUUAUGUUGAUAUCAAUGUCAGCAGUCCAAUAUUGAAUGUCAAAUUUUAUCAGGCACAAGUAAAUUUACAUGGCUCUGUCGUGUGCAAGGGAAACUGUGGUUCAUCCAUUUCUGUUACGCUUGUAAAGUUGGAUGGUAAAGGAAAGGAAGAGAGGAAAACUAGUAGUCUAACUGGUCAGAGUGAUGAAUUUAAGUUCCUGAACGUUCUACCUGGAAAAUACAGGGUUGAGGUCAAGAAUAGUUCACCAGAAGCAAUGUUGGGAGGAGAUAAUUGGUGCUGGGAGCAAAGUUUUAUUAAUGUGGUUGUUGCAAGUGAGGAUGUCAAAGGAAUUGUUUUUGUUCAAAAAGGGUUUUGGGUGAAUGUGAUUUCCAGCCAUGAUGUAGAUGCUUACCUUACUCAAGCAGAUGGUUCUCGCAUGAGCAUCAAAAUUAAGAAAGGAACCCAGAACAUCUGUGUUGAGUCUCCUGGAAUACAUGAACUUCACUUUGUUAAUUCGUGUAUUUUCUUUGGGGGUUCAAGUGUGAAAGUCGACACGUCUUACUCAUCGCCUUUGUAUUUAAAAGGAGAGAAAUAUCUUCUGAAAGGACGUAUUCAUGUUGAUACAAGCUCGAGUGGCUUGCUAAAAUUACCUGAGAAUCUCGUAAUUGAUGUCUUAAACAAUGAAGGUGCUUUCAUUGAUAGUACUACUGCAAGAUUUGUACCCGAUCAAGAUGAUCAAUCAAUCAAUGCCGUCUAUGAAUAUAUGAUAUGGGCUAAUCCUGGAGAAAAGUUGACAUUUGUCCCUAAGGACUCACGGAAACAUGCAGGUGAAAAGAAAGUUUUGUUUUACCCUACACAACAUCAAGUCUCAGUGACACAAGAGGGAUGCCAACCUGAAAUUCCUCUAUUUUCUGGCCGACUUGGAAUGUAUAUUGAAGGAUCGGUUACUCCUUCCCUUUCUGAUGUUCACAUUAGAGUAAUUGCUGUGGGAGACAGCCUUAAUGCUGCUCUAAAGCAAGGUGAUUUAGCACUUGAAACUAGCACAGGAGCAGACGGGCUGUUUGUUGCAGGACCUUUGUAUGAUGAUAUAACCUACACAGUUGAAGCUUCAAAGCCUGGUUAUCAUGUCAAGCCAGUUGGUCAUCAUUCUUUUUCUUGUCAAAAACUUGGCCAAAUUUCUGUACGCUUAUAUUCCAAUAACGAUGACAAAGAGCCGUUUCCUUCCGCUUUAUUAUCGUUGAGUGGUGAUGAUGGUUAUAGGAAUAAUUCAGUAACGGGAUUAGGGGGAACUUUUUUGUUCGGGAACUUAUUUCCAGGGAGCUUCUACCUCCGCCCUUUGUUGAAGGAGUAUGCAUUUUCACCUGCUGCACAGGCAAUUGAACUGGGUUCGGGUGAAUCCAGAGAAGUCGUCUUUCAUGCCACCCGUGUUGCUUACAGUGCAAUGGGUGUGGUUACUCUCUUGUCUGGUCAGCCAAAAGAAGGUAUCUCCAUAGAAGCUCGGGCAGAGUCUAGAGGUUUUUAUGAAGAGGCAGUUACAGACUCAUCUGGAAGUUACCGUUUGAGGGGACUUCUACCUGAGACAACUUAUACCAUCAGAGUAGCAAAGAAGGGCAAGUUUGCUAGCGGCCGCAUUGAGCGUGCAUCUCCAGAGGAACUUUCCAUUAAGGUUGAAUAUGAGGAUAUUAAGCAAUUGGAUUUUGUGGUUUUUGAACAUCCGGAGAUGACCAUUUUAAGCGGCCACGUUGAGGGAAAGAGAAUAAAGGAACUACAUUCUCAUCUUCGAGUGGAAAUCAUGUCAGCAACUGAUCCAUUGAGGACAGAGGCUGUUUUUCCCUUGCCUUUGUCAAAUUUUUUUCAGGUGAAGGACUUGCCAAGGGGAAGGCACCUUGUGCAGCUUCAAUGUGUUCUACCAUCUAGUACACACAGGUUAAGGUCUGAGGUUAUCGAGGUCGACCUAGAAAGACAGAGUAACAUACAUGUUGGUCCAAUCAAAUUUGAGGUUGAAGAGGAUCACCAGAAGCAGGAACUGACUGCAGCUCCUGUAUAUCCUUUAAUUGCCGGAGUUUCAGUGAUUGCACUGUUCAUCAGUAUUCCAAGAAUAAGGGACUUGCACCAAGCAAUAGCAGGAUUGCAACUCUCUGGAUCGACUGGGACUGUAAAGAAAGAUGCCAAAAGACUAAUACCAAGAAAGAAGACUUAGUGAAGACUUUAUGCUCUGGAAUCUUGUAGGGAGAUCCGAGCAAGGCUGACUUACUUUUCGGAGAUUAAUCCUGAAAAGCUUUGCUGGUUACAUGAGCGGUCUCAUGUUUGCGAAGAUAUGAAUUUUGUUAGAUGGGAAGAAUGUAACUGCUUAUCAAAUAUUGUGAGGUACUUGUAAUCGUCACUUUGUAGGAUGAGGCACCGUUUGCUUUUUUUUUUUUUUUUUGUGAAAAAAACAGGAGGAGGGAUAGGAAGAAGGGAAGAGGAUCGAUAAAGUUAUUCGGUGUUUGAAUUGAUUUUUGAAGGGAAAGGAAGGAGAGGUAGGGGGAUAAGGGUAGUUGUUUUACACAUGUUUCAUUUCGGUGCGAAAGUGGAGGAAAACAGAGGGUGGGGUAUAGGAAAGGUUUUCGACUAAAAUAGUACAGUACUAUCUCAGAUGUUGUUGUGUUUAGAGGAAUUACAGAGAGUUAUAGUAUUAGUGUCUACUCUACUGCCUUUCCCUCUCCUUGCUGUCUUUUUGCCAGAAAACAUUUUUCUUUUCUUUCUUUUCCUUUUGGUUGGUUGGAUUAUGAAAACUUCUUUAUUGGAAUCUUCAUUUCUUUCCUUGAA